AUGUUGCCUAUUUAUCCACGCACCACACUACUUUUGAGAACUAUACCGAAAAGGCCAUCUUAUUACGUAUUAUCAGGGUUAACUAAACACUUUCAAGUAGAAGCUCAAUUAAAAUACAAUCUAUUAAGAAGCCACACUAGAAGAGAAUUGGCUACUGCUCCGGCUAGACCUCCUAAAGUCAAGAAUAAUUUACUUAACAUUCCCAAUAUUUUGACUUUAUCUCGAAUAGCAUGUACGCCCUUUAUUGGACUCUUUAUUAUAACGAGCAAUUUAACUCCGGCAUUAAGCUUGUUUGCAUUUUCUAGCAUCACUGAUUUUAUGGAUGGUUAUAUCGCCAGAAAAUACGGGCUUAAAACCGUUGCCGGCACCAUAUUAGACCCGCUUGCAGAUAAGCUACUCAUGAUUACGACAACUUUGGCAUUAUCUGUACCAGCAGGCCCUCAGGUAAUACCAGCAUCUAUUGCAGGUGUUAUUCUGGGAAGAGAUGUAUUACUAGCGAUAAGUGCAUUGUUCAUACGAUAUAGCACUUUGAAGUUGAAGUAUCCCGGUCGUGUGGGAUGGAGUUCCUACUGGGAUAUUGUUCGCUACCCCAGCGCUGAGGUCAGACCUUCCCAACUAUCAAAAUGGAAUACUUUUUUCCAAAUGAUAUAUCUUGGAUCUGGAGUAUUGCUACUUCUAUACGAGAGAAAUGAGAGCGAUGAAGAAACGGAUGAGCACUUCGAAGAUAAAAAGGAGUUCUUUCUGAAUAUCUUCUGCUAUUUGGGGUACCUAACUGCCACCACGACAAUUAUGAGCGGAGCAUCAUACGCAUUAAACAGAAAUGCUUUUAAACUUUUAAAGUAG